AUGUCCUUCAAGAGAAAGUGGUUCAUUUUAACAAUAGUUGCAAUGCAGGGCUUUUUAGGCCCUGUAACGAGCUCCAUUUAUAUUCCUGCAAUUGCACAAGUACGCCAAACCUUUCACACAACCAACAUUACUAUAAAUGCAACUAUAUCAUUAUAUGUGUUUGUUAUUGGCUUAAUGCCUCUGUUUUGGGCUACAUUCUCUGAGAGAUACGGAAGGCGUAUCAUAUACAUUUUAUCUACAGCCUUAUACAUAGCAGCCACUGUUGGUUGUGCGUUAUCCAGAUCCGUUGGACUUUUCAUAGCAAUGAGAGCGCUUCAAGCGACUGGAGCAAGCGCUUCACAAGCAGUAGGCGCAGGCACUGUUAUUGAUCUAUUUGACCAACAGGAACGAGGCAAUGCAAUGGGAUUUUUUCUUCUUGGGCCGCUCAUUGGCCCCGUCAUUGGACCUAUCGCGGGAGGAUACAUAAACCAAUAUAUCGGAUGGAGAUUCAUUUUCUGGAUACUCUGCGCUCUAGGAGGUUUUAUCUUUACACUCAUUUUAUUUUUUGUGCCCGAAACAUCUGCCAUCAUUCUUAAAAAAAGAAAGAUAGCAGACAGUGAAGAGAGAUUUAUUCAUCAAGAGCCUUUGUUGAAGAGCAUGUCGAAACCAUUUAUAUUCUUAACGAAGCUUUCCGUCAUUUUCGCCACAACGCCUUACUCUAUUGCUUAUGGAUUUAUGUACUUUAUGAUAGCAAGUUUACCCCAGCAACUGUCAACACAUUAUCACUUUACAAGCUCACAAAUAGGGCUUUCCUAUUUGGCAAAUGGUACUGGGAACGCUAUUGGUGCAGUCUUGUCAGGUAUCUUGUCUGAUCGCGCAAUAGUCAAAAAGAACGUACCAGAGGCACGGCUAAGCGUCAUUUGGCUCGGUAUUAUUAUUUUGCCCAUGGGAGAAGUAGUAUAUGGCUGGUGUUCGCAUUUUGGUAUCCAUGUCGUAUCAUGUCUGUUUGGCCUAUUUUUGUUAGGAUUGGGCGUUGGUCUAGUGCAAACCCCUAGUAAUACGUAUAUAUCGGACAUUUACCCCAAAUAUGCUGCUUCUGUAAUGAGCACAGCCAACUUGUUAAGAUGUUUAUCUGCCGGAUUUACACCACUAGUAGCCCCUGUUUUGAUACCCGCUAUAGGAAAUGGCUGGUCCAUGACGAUCCUCGCAUUCAUCAGCGCAGCAAGUGGUAUCUGCGUCUUCCUUGCACAGAGAUACGGUUCAAUAUGGGCAAAGGAUACAAAAUGGCUAUAA